GCCGAAUUCGGCAAUUGGCUAUCUUGACCACCGCGUAUGAGAAAAGUACCCACGAUAUGCAUUCACGGCCGUCUGCUUCCUUGAUUGAGCAUCCUGCGAUUUCAAUCUUUCCUUCUAAGCGUGCUCCUUUCCCCUGCUGCCGGGUGCAUUGUAUGCCGCUCUCGCGCAGGUUAUGAGUUUCGCCUGCGUCGCUCCACCGAGGUGAACAGGGGGGACGCCCACCAGCUCUGCAUUCCAGUUCGCCGAUCUCUAUACAGCAUUGCAAGCCAGCAACAGCGACAAGCAGUCAUAUUGUGGCCAUGGCGGACUCAAUGCCAAUUCCUCAACCCCCUCGCACUCCCACGCCUCCCCCAGAUGAGCCGGCAUCGCCUCAAAGGCUGCCCGUAUUCGAUCCCGAUACUCCAAUCGACACAAACACCCUGUCGCCUCUUCACAUCGAACAACGUGAGCUUAUGGCGUCGCCUAUUGCAUCACACUUUCCACCGUCAACUCCUGACCGAUCAAGCGCAAAUGGGAACGGGGCAGGGCCUUUCAAUUUCCAGCCGGCGGCGUUGGCAAAGUCGCCUGUGGUGAAAUCUAACAUCGGACAACGACGUGGCCACAAGUACAAGCACAGCAGUGUUUCGCACCAGAUCUUCCUCGAACCUCCGCCCCGGGCCCCGUUGGCCCUUCCAAAUUCCCUGCCGAUUCCGACCUUCGCGGAGUGUAGAGCCAGCAUGACAAAAGAUCAGAAUAUUCGGUUCUAUUGGAGUAUUUGCCAUAUGGCCGUUGCAGGGUAUGCGAUGUGGAACGCUCACGGAUCAGCUGCCAUGGAGGCGCUCUCACAUCUAAUAUUCUACGAUUCGCUGGGGGCGCUGCUUUGCGUUUUCGUGGAAGUUCUGUCGAAUUUUGAGGUCUGGGGACGAUCCAGUCUCAGGCAUCCUUUCGGUUUGCAACGAAUGGAAGUUGUGGCUGGCUUCGCUCUCUCGGUGUUAUCAAUCUUUUUCGGCUUCGACUUGAUCUCGCACAAUGCAAAGCACGCUCUGGAAGGCAUUGGGCACGAGCCGCACCAUCCUCAUGCCCACGAGCGUGUGUCAGCAGGCACGGUAGAUCUGACUGUCAUGCUUGCGCUGGUUGCAACAUUGAUCUCGGCGGUCGGCUUGCAGAAUCACGCGCGGAUUGGCAAGGCGAUGCGGUUUGCGGCAAUGGAGAACCUUCCUUCUCUGCUAAGCAACCCUUCGCACUUUUUGACUUUGUCCUGCUCCGCCACUAUGCUCCUGCUUCCGCUCCUGUCGUUGCAUACGUACGAGUGGGUGGACAAGGUGCUUUCCAUGAGUAUUGCAUUGAGCAUGCUCUUUCUAGGAGCUCAUUUGGGACGCAAUGUCGGUGCCAUGCUCCUCAUGUCUCUUCCUGCCAAAUCAGACAAUGUCGCGCAGGUCGUCAAGGCGAUUGAAGCUGAGCCUCUGGUGCGCAGCGUUGAGCAGGCCAAAUUCUGGCAAGCGCAUUACGGGAUGGGUAUGGCGAAUCUAAGGCUGCGUGUUGUUGGCACGGAGGAGAAUUUGGUCAAGCUCAGGGAGCGGAUAGCCAGCAUGAUUCGGAAUCACCUCAGCGGCGGUUACGGACAAGGCAGCACUGGCCAAAAGUGGGAGGUCAGCGUACAGUUCAAGGUCGAGACGGACAGUGCCUUUUCUGCUAGCCACAGCCAUCUCCUGUCCGGGCCCGGCUGGACGACUGGGUGAUGCCGAGUCUGUUUCUCUAUUUCACGACUGUAUAUGUCCAAUAUUCAUUCAUGCUCAGCCUACUGUAUCCUUGUAUCAAACGGCAUUUUCAUGGCGGACGAUAACUCUCGGCCGAUGCCCAAUUCUUUCUGUCCCGA